AUGUCUAGCGGUCAAGGAGACAGUAACCCUCCUUGUUCCUCGCAAUCCGAUACCCCUUCGCGGUUGACGUCGAAUGUGAGCAAUGAUCAUAUGCCGUCUGGAACUGUUCGCCAGUCAAGGGUUAUGGGCCAACAAAGAAGAACCUAUGGUGCAUUAGAGCCUUCAGAGAGGGCAUGCUUUGAAUCACGCACGGAUGAAAGUCAGGCGGAGAGCUCGAGCCGCAUACCCCCAUCCCAAUCACCAUCAACGGCAACUAUGCAAUCGGAUAAACCAAGGAAGCCAUCUGUGACACGUCGCAUGUCCUCCAAGCGAGCGAUACCCCAUAAGGGUCAAGAGUUCUCCACCGACGAUGAUGUCCAAGAAGUUGAGGAAGACAUCGCUAUGCAACACACCACAAACCCUCAGCAUUCACCAAGAAUACGUCCCUUACAAAGGCAAAGCUCGAGCAUAAGGCGAAGAAUCAAUGCUCGUAUCAGUCCACUCACACGAGCAGACCCUGAGAACAAUGAGGACGAAAAUACUGUUCUACCUGAGUCUAGCUUGGAAGGCGCAGGAAAUAGCAUCUCUGCCCAGCGCUCCGAAAGCGGGAGCCAAAAUGGCAACAGUAACGACGAGGACAUGAGUGAUGCGGAAAGUUUUACUUUGAAGGACCGACAACAAGCUAUCAAUGAAACACAUCCCUUUGGAAUAAGGCUAUGGAAACCUGCAUUAUACAAGAAGAGUCGUUCAGUUGAGAAAACUGCCGAAGGUGACAUUCAUUCAUCGCCUGGCGGUCGAGUGGGUACUAUGCUGUUCCUGACAAACUUGCUGUGGACAGUAUUCUUCGGUUGGUGGCUCGCUCUAGCUGCGCUUAUUGGAUCAAUCGCCUGUUUCAUCUUCGCGUAUUCUCCAAGUGCUGUGGAAUAUGGGAAGGUCUUUUCCGGCCUCUCGUGGUACUUAAUAUACCCGUUCGGAUCGUUUGUCCGCCUUGACACCGAUGAAAACUAUGCAGAGGAAGACGAAGGUGAAGGCCGCAGCAUUAGUGAAUAUGAACAAUGGCAGAACGGUGACCUAGAGCAUGGAAGGCUGUUCUUCGGCCCUCGCCGCGGCCGGUCUCUUGUGGGGAGAAGAAGAAAUAGCAUCGAUUCGGCCAGUGAACAAGAUAGUCUGCUGGGACGGACACAAAGAGGUAGUUCACGCGACAGUCCUCUGGGUCACCAUAAACGGCGUUUGUUUGGCCGUGGCGAGUGGACCCUAGGACGUGUCGUAUUCUUUGUCUUCUUCUAUUUCCUUGUAGGGCCUUUGAUGCUCUUGGUAUCUCUGCUCUGCUGGCUGCUCGUCUUCUGGAUUCCAAUGGGGCGCGUGACCAUUAUCCUGUUUGACCAUCUUCGUCGCCAUCCUCUCGCUUUAUCCUACCAUUCCGAUACCUCAUAUACACGGCUGAGCCCAACCUCCUCUUCAUCUAUUCUUUUAUGCACCUAUCGUGCCGCCGGAUUACGAUACUGGAAAUACACGGUUGGCGGCACAAACAUUUUCUUGAUCAACCUCCUCGGUGUUGUAUUAUUCGUGAUUUUUGACUACUUCCUUUUGGAUAAAACUCUGGGCGUUCAGAGUUCCUUGACUCAUCCAGGCUUGAUUUUUACCUUGGCGCUUGUUUCCAUCAUACCCCUUGCUUAUUUCAUUGGACAGGCCGUUGCAUCCAUCUCUGCACAAUCAUCAAUGGGUAUGGGUGCUGCUGUUAAUGCUUUCUUCUCCACUGUGGUGGAAGUCUACCUAUACUGUGUUGCUUUAACUGAGGGUAAAGGCCGGCUUGUUGAAGGUAGUAUCAUUGGUAGUAUCUUCGCAGGAAUUCUGUUCCUUCCUGGGUUAUCCAUGUGUUUUGGCGCUAUAAAGCGCAAAACACAGCGGUUCAAUGUUAAAUCAGCCGGCGUCACAUCUACGAUGCUAAUGUUCGCUGUGAUUGCCGCCUUCGGACCCACGCUAUUCUAUCAAAUUUAUGGCAGCCAUGAGUUAAACUGCCGUGCCUGCUCCAACACUAUAGAUGCGGGUGGUAGUGACUGCCGCCGCUGUUACUUCUCUCAAGUCCCAGCUGUCAACGAUAGCUUCUUCCGAAAGGCUGUCCAACCUUAUUCGUGGUUUGCGGCUCUAUUUUUGUUUCUCUCCUACAUCAUUGGUUUAUGGUUUACGCUUAGAACUCAUGCUGCCCUCAUAUGGGCUACAGAAAUCGAAGAGAAGAAAGCCGCGGCAGCAGUUCAGGAGCACAAUAUUUAUGAGCCGAGGCACCUCCUAUUCCCUAGUGGGCCAUCGGCGACUAUUAGGGGAAACGCCGACCCUGGUCCAAAGGGCUCCGUCCGAGAUUCACAAUUGUACAAACGUAUUUUAGGGCAGUCCCUAAAGCACAUUGGCUUGUCUGAUAUUUCAACCGAAUCUGGUACAGACCAACCGGAGUCCAGUUCAGCGCGUGACAAGAACACACCGUACAUUGUUCCUCCACAUGGAGAUAGUGAUGAGGGUCGCUCAGGGUUUGGCCACUUCGGGGGCCUGUCUAGUGAAGAGAAUGAGAAUUUGGUGCGCCAGGUAACAGAAGUUGCAGCAACAGCAGCGGCUAUUGCUACCCGCGAUGCAGCUAGAGCCCGGAAGUUAUCUGUCCAGCGGACCCCAUCACGGCCUAGUAACAAAGGGUUCAUAGACCCAGCCAAAGCGAUAGGCGAUGAAAAUGAUGACACUGGACUCGAGCACGGCCAAAUUAGUGGCGGACACGAUGCCCCCAACUGGAGCAAAGCCAGGAGCUCAAUCAUCCUUUUAGGAGCUACUAUAUUCUAUGCAAUCAUUGCUGAAAUUCUGGUGAACACAGUAGAUGUGGUGCUGGAAAGUGUUGACAUUGACGAAAAGUUCCUUGGGAUCACACUCUUUGCCUUAGUCCCUAACACGACUGAGUUCUUGAAUGCUAUCUCCUUCGCCAUGAAUGGUAACAUAGCCUUGUCCAUGGAAAUCGGUUCUGCAUACGCCCUGCAGGUUUGCCUUUUGCAGAUUCCAGCCCUAGUUUUAUUCAGUGCUAUCUACGAACGGUUGAUUGAUCCCACAGAACUCCUGACCCACACAUUCAACCUUAUCUUCCCCCAAUGGGACAUGGUUUCGGUAAUCCUCUGCGUUUUCCUCCUAUCAUACGUCUACGGAGAAGGGAAGAGCAACUACUUCAAGGGGUCUAUCCUCGUCCUCACGUACCUUGUUGUUGUGAUUGGUUUCUACUUGUCUGGCUACAGCAACAUGGACACCAUGGGUGUCGAUCGCCUCGACACAUUGGCGCUUGGCAACCCUCGAACAUUCCACACUGUCGGUAGGUCGAGGAGUGGCGCCGCCUAUUAA